GAAUGAAAAAUCCGUCAAAGGUCAACCAUAGUGACGGUCAACCUUCGAAAAACCCACAGUUUGCUCCUUGAUCAUCCUCUUCAACGACUUCUGCUACUCCAUCAUCAACCAUCUCUCUCUGUUUCGAUCUGAAAAGAAAUGGAAAUGGAUUCCAUUUCCAAAAAAAACGAUGAUUUCCCAAUUCUUUCCUAUCUUCUAUCCCAAACUGAUCCCAACUCUCAACAGUUUGAUCAAAACCUAUCAGCCCAAUUUCCCUAUUUGAACUACCCAAAGGUCCUCUCCUCGCUGACCCAAGCCAUCCCCUCCUCCGCCACCAAUAUCUUCCUCCUCCUCAAGUCUCUCGGUCCUCGACCCAACCCAGACGUUGUCUCCAUGGCCCGAUCCAACUUGACCCAGAUGCAAGAACCAGGUAAAACGGAGAUAUACAAGGCAGUGUUGAAGUUGGAGGAGAUGCAUGAGGAAUAUGAGAGGCAGUUAAAGGAAGUAGAAGAGAUGCUUGUUGGUGUUUAUAAGGAUGUUGUUGUAAGAGAGAUAGAGAGCGGUGAGCAAGUUGAUGAGGAGAUUGUUGCUAUACUUAGAGAAGCAGAGAGUGGCGGGGCUGUGGAACGAGUGAAUCUUUCUGCGCGUCAGUUGAGGUUGAUUCCUGAAUCCAUUGGCAGACUUCAUGGCUUGCUUGUGCUCAAUCUCUCUCAAAAUCAGUUAGAGGUCCUUCCUGAUUCAAUUGCAGGACUUGAGAAACUUGUGGAGCUUGAUGUGUCUUCCAAUCUUUUAGUUUUCCUCCCAGAUUCAAUUGGAUUGUUGCGAAAUCUGAAGAUCCUAAAUGUGUCAGCAAACAAGGUGAAGGCCCUCCCUGAGAGCAUUGCUCUUUCCAGUUCACUGGUGGAGAUAGAUGCAAGCUUUAACAACUUGGUAUCUUUGCCGGCAAAUAUUGGAUAUGGACUGGUGAAUCUUGAAAGGCUUUCAGUUCAGUUGAAUAAGAUCCGUCUUCUUCCACCUUCUAUUUGUGAAAUGAAGUCUUUGAGAUUUUUGGAUGUUCAUUUCAAUAUGCUGCGAGGCCUGCCACGAGCAAUAGGGAGAUUAACAAAUUUAGAGGUCCUGAAUCUAAGCAGUAAUUUCAGUGACUUGGAAGAACUUCCUGAAGAAAUUGGUGAUUUAAUUAACCUCAGGGAGCUCGAUCUCAGCAACAACCAAAUCCGAGCUCUUCCUGACAGGUUUGCCAGGCUAGAAAAUCUAACCAAGCUCGACUUGAAUGAAAAUCCACUGUUAGUUCCGCCAAAAGAGAUAGUGAAUAAGGGGGUUCAAGCUAUAAGGGAAUUUAUGGCAAAGAGGUGGCUGGAUAUGGUAGAGGAAAAGCAGACGAACAUGGUCGAGGCAAACCAGCAAGCAGCGCAGAGUGGGUGGCUGGUAUGGGGCUCCUCCAUGGUUAGUAACUUUGUUUCCGGGGUUUCCCAAAGUGUUUCAGGUUAUCUUGGAGAAACAUCUCCAAAAGAUCCUUAUCUGGACCAACUGCUCUGAAAUGGUCUGUUCUUUGAGCUUCUGGUUUCUGCAAAUUCUGUGUGAAUACUUUUAUAGUAAACAAACAGACAGUCGAUAAGAUAGUUCUUCGGUCUCUCUAUGCUUGUGAUUCUCUUGAAUUAUAGAUCGAGGUUGUGUAUGGAAACAUUAUCAAUACCUGCUUAGAGGAGUGUAAUAGCACGAUGGUACAAUUGCCCGUACAA